AUGGCCCCUUCGGCAAUCUCCACCACUCCGCCCCCAUCAAAUACGGGGGCAUCCUCCAUCGCUAGUUACCGUGGCUACGAUAAUGUCCACUGGUACGUUGGCAACGCCAAGCAGGCCGCCAGCUACUAUAUCACUCGCAUGGGAUUCAAGCUCGUCGCAUACCGUGGUCUCGAGACUGGUAGCCGUCACAUCUGCUCUCACGUCAUUCGCAACGGCGAUAUCACUUUCAUUUUGACCUCGCCUCUGCGUUCCCAAAGCCAGGACCAGAUCGGCCGCUUCAGCCCCGAGGAGCAGGCUGAGCUGCGUGAGAUUCACUACCAUCUCGAGAAGCACGGCGAUGCGGUGAAGGAUGUCUCCUUUGAGGUAGAUGAUGUUGAGGCUGUCUUCAACGCUGCAGUCAAGAACGGCGGCAAGGCCGUGUCUGAGCCCAAGAUCCUCAAGGACAAGGAUGGUCAUGUCAAGGUCGCAACCAUCCAGACCUAUGGCGAGACCACCCACACCCUUAUUGAGCGUGGCCAGUACCGCGGUGCCUUUAUGCCUGGUUACCGCGUUGAGUCCGGUGCUGAGGACCCAAUCUUGAAGUUCUUGCCUGCUGUUGAGUUGAAGUUCAUUGAUCACUGCGUUGGCAAUCAGGAUUGGAAUGAGAUGGACAAGAUUUGCGAAUAUUAUGAGAAGGCGCUUGGCUUCCAUCGGUUCUGGUCCGUUGAUGACAACCAGAUUUGCACUGAAUUCUCUGCUCUAAAGAGUAUCGUCAUGGCGUCACCCAAUGAGGUCGUCAAGAUGCCUAUCAACGAGCCCGCCAAGGGCAAGAAGCAAUCUCAGAUCGAAGAGUACGUGGACUUCUACGAUGGCGCCGGUGUUCAGCACAUUGCUCUCCAGACCGACGAUAUCAUCCGCGAUAUCACCAACUUGAAAGCUCGUGGUGUGGAGUUCAUCAAGGUCCCCGAGACCUACUACACCGACAUGAAGGCACGCCUGAAGCAGUCUAACUUGGUUCUGAAGGAGGGUUUCGAGACCAUCAAGAGCUUAGAUAUCUUGAUUGACUUUGACGAGGGUGGCUACCUUCUCCAGCUGUUCACCAAGCAUAUGAUGGAUCGCCCCACUGUCUUCAUUGAGAUCAUUCAGCGUCACAAUUUUGAUGGCUUUGGUGCUGGAAACUUCAAGUCUCUGUUCGAGGCUAUUGAACGAGAGCAGGAGCUGCGUGGCAAUCUCGUUUGA